CAAAUGGGAUUGAUUCUGCACUGCGGAUGCAGCCUUAGAAACAUGAUGACCGGCAAAGAUAAAUAUUUUGGGAUUUGAAAAGUUGAGAGGAAAAUGUUACCCUAUGAGCAUAUUCCAGACAGAGAUAAGCAUCGGGAGAAAGGUUUCUAAUGGGACUUAAGUGUUACUUAAUUUUGAUAUAUGUGUUCAUUAUCUAACAAAUGGAAGGGCAAAAAGUGGACUGGGAUCCUCUGGGUGCUUUACGGUGGGUAAGUGCUAGCUUCCAAAUUUUAACUACAGCAGCAACAAAAAGCCUUUUGUCUCAUAAUUCAAGCUGAUGAAAUCAAGAAAGCUUAGAGAUGGGGAAAGUCCAAAUAGAUUUGUGUGGCAAAGGAUUUGUUCUGGCUCUGGAAAGAAAUUCCUGGGUUGAGCAUGUGCUCGGAGUUUAAUUCCACCGUUCUGCGCUUGGCUUUUUGAACCAUUAUUUUGCACCUCAUUUUGGUUGGUAGCUUUUAGGUGGGUUGAAAAAUAGAUAAUACUACAAAUAAAUGCACUUCAUGACAACCACUUCCAUUGUUAAUAACAAAUGAAUGAAAUGCAUGCUUAUGUGCUCCCAGAUGAGGGUUUUUCCAUGGCAUUGCCUACCACAGGUUCUUUUUUGCCUUUUCAACUUGUAACACUCUGUUUUCUGUUGCUUCUUCUGUCCUUUCUUUUUCCACACUCUCACACACAAAACAUUAAGCAAGAAAAGAUAGGAAUAGCUUCAGAGGUAGAAAUAAGUCCCACUAAACUUGAUGGAUUUUUUUUUUUACUUGUUACUAUGUUUGAAUUUGCCGUUCUAAUUGGAAAAGUUAGAAUGAAGUUUAUCUUUGCAUUGGCUUGAAUGGUGCCACGUGCCCCAUUUUGUCCCUCUCUGUUUGCCAACUGUGAACAGGCGAUGGAUGCGAACUUGAAAUCCGUGAAAACGGAGGGGCGACUGUAAUCUUAUUCAUAGAGACUGGGCUGCAUUUACCUAGGACUAUUGUUGUUUUAUGUCUUCAAAUAAUUUCUCGUGUUUUUGUUUUUAAGAUGCAUCCUGUGCUGAAAGCCUUUGUUUGUGGUUCCAUCAGUGGGACAUGCUCUACCCUGCUGUUCCAACCUCUAGACCUCCUUAAAACCAGGUUACAGACCCUGCAGCCAGCUGUCAAUGGGUCAGGUCGUGUCGGGAUGGUAACUCUGCUCUUUAAGGUUGUUCGCACAGAAAGUAUUUUGGGGCUGUGGAAAGGUGUUUCUCCUUCCUUCGCAAGAUGCAUCCCUGGUGUGGGAAUUUACUUCAGUACACUAUAUAUGAUAAAACAGCAUUUUCUCCUGGAUCGCUCCCCUUCUAUGCUGGAGUCUGUUUUUCUGGGCGGAACCUCACGUACUGUAGCUGUUGUUUGUAUGUUGCCUAUCACUGUGGUGAAAACCCGGUAUGAGAGUGGAAGGUAUGGUUAUGAAAGCAUACAUAGUGCCCUGAGAAAUAUCUAUCGAUCAGAAGGUGUUCAGGGCUUGUUUAGUGGCCUGACAGCAACACUCCUACGUGAUGCACCUUUCUCUGGAAUCUAUCUGAUGUUCUACGUACAGACCAAAAAGAUUGCGCCAUAUGACCAAUUUGAUCCAGCACUUAUACCUCUAGUGAACUUUGGCUCUGCAACUAUUGCUGGGAUUCUGGCAUCGCUAGCUACUCAACCUGCAGAUGUUAUAAAAACUCAUGUGCAACUGUCAUCCCAAAAAUACUUUCGGACAGGCCAGGCAAUUGCCUUAAUCUUUAGGGACUAUGGAUUGACUGGUUUUUUCCGUGGUGCUGUCCCAAGAGCCUUGCGGCGCACGCUGAUGGCAGCAAUGGCAUGGACUGUAUAUGAACAGAUGAUGUCUAAAAUGGGCUUGAAAUCCUGAAUGGGGUGAUUUGAACUGGAGGAGUUGGUUUGAAGAAGAAGAAAAUUAGCUGGUUCUUCUGUUCACUGUGAUUGUCUGAUGAACCUGGCAGUCACUACCUGGGAGGUGGCUUAUUUUCAUAGACGUGGAAACACUACCUGAUUCUAGAGAUGAAGAAUCAAGGACUUCAAACAUGGGCAUGAGGACGUAAAAUAUUGCUUUGGUCAAGAUGCUAGAAGCAUUCCAGGAAGGCUGUGCCUUACUGGGCUUGGAAAAAUAUACCAACCCUGAUAUUGGGAGUAUGUGUGAAUGAAGACCCAGCUUCUUCAGAGGAAUCCUGUUUGGAAGGUCUUCCCAUCCAAUUAUUCUGAGGAGCUUUUACAGAAAAUAUGGUGAAAUCUCUACAAGAAGAAUAAGAACAGUUGAGACUUGAAUCUAGUAAUGAAUUACUAGUUGAAUCUAGUAAUGUCAUUAAUCUUCUUGUGGCUCCAGUCUCCAUAACUGUGUGACGCCUCUUCUGUCUGGCCAUAUCUUUAAUAUGUAUUUAUUGUACACCACAAAAAGGGUAUAGGAGAGUAUGACAAAGGAUUAUUGAAAUGCCAUUGGUUGGUUUCUGCAGUGGUGUAUAUGCUAAGCUUUAAGAGUACGUGAGCACUGUGCCCAACAGCAACACUAGGAGACAUAGGGCAUGUCUACAUGGGUCAUUAAAACUGGUUUCCUCUUACCCUGUCCAGAUGGUUCAGGGCCAAAGCCCAGAUUCAGAUGCAGAAUGUCUUCAUGUAGGAAGACCAGUUUGGCACCAAAUCUGGUUUUAAAUCACUUACCUUUUGCUCUGGACCUUCCAGGAAAAUGCUGAGCACUCCAGUAUGAUGCUGGACAGCUGUUUACAUGGUAGCCCACUGUGCUACUUGGCAUUGCCAUUGCUGGCAUGGUCUUUCCCUCUGAAAUCAGAGUGAGGCACCCAGCUAUGUUAUCAACACUGAGGGCCUUGUUUUUGAUCUCAGAGAAAGUGACUUGCAAUGGUGGCGCCAGAUGGCAUAGCGGAAUGUGUGUGUAGACAACUUCCCAGCAUUGCUCUGGAGUGCCCAGGUAACGGGGAGAAUUCAGGGCAGAUUUGGGGCCAGAAUACUCAAGGAACAGCCAGAGUAGAGCUGCCCAUGUUCAUUUGUUCCUUACAGCAGGGCUGGGGAAUGUGUGGCCUUCUAGAUGUUGGUGAAUUGCAUCUCCCAUGAUUCCUUACCGUUUAUUAUCCUGACUGAUGGAAGUUAUGUUCCAACAUUAACUAGAGGGCCACAUGCUCUUUGCUUCUGUCUUAUGGGAAUCUGUUAGUGUGCUCAACAGUAUCAUUCACUUCUACUUCAUCUACAUAAAUGGUCUUUUAAAAACACUCCUGAAGGUUUUUGUCUUCUAUUUUGUGCAUUUCCCCUCAUUUAAGACUGAACUAGAGAAUCAAAUGCUGAUACAAAUCCUAAAGGUAAGGCAUUAUCUGUUUAAAUCAGAGGUGCAAAUGUUGUUGGACACCUCUUCCUAUCAGACCCAGUCAUCAUAGCCAGUGGUCAGAAGAUUUGAAAUUGUAGUCCAACAUUUGGAAAACUUCCCAGAUUUCUCAUACCCUGGUCUAAAUGUUGCUGUUGUGUGCUCACUUGUUUGGCUUGGACCUAACUGAGCAUUGCUUUUUACUGUGCAUUCCUUAUUCCAAGGUUCAGUCUUGGAGGCUGUGUUCCAGUGUUACAAUUGUCUUAAGGAAGUUGUCAACGUGAUACCCUAAGAUGUGAUGCCCAUCAUUCCCAGCCAGCAUCGCCAGUGCCAAGGGUUAUGAGUGUGGCAACCCAGCAGGUUUGGGUGAUGCUUUUUUGAAUAUGGAUAAAGAACAAAAGAACUUUUAGCUAUUUAAAUGCAGGUCGCAUCAGUUCCAUCCAGUAUACAGUCGUUGAUGAUGAAGAAUGAUGGGCAUUAUAGUCCAACAGUAGCUGCAGUGCUGCAUGUUAAACAAGGUGGUUUUAGGAGGACGACUUGAAGUGGGUGGAAAAGAUUAAUGGAGGAAGAAAACCAUUUGAAAUGAAAACGUAAUAAUGGCUAUGUAGAAUUGUAUAGCAGUAAUUCCUUACCUUCCCAAAGAUGUGGGGCUUGAUGCCUAGAGAACUUGGUCUUUUGAAUUAUGACUCCAUUUGAUUUCUGAGUGUAUUCAGUCAUCUCUUAUUAAAGCACUGAUAUUUUUUUUAAAAUCUUUUUAUAUAAGGGUUUAUUUCCCUCAGUUUUCUUGCUUUUCAUUUUGGUUGAUGGUUCCGUAACUUGAAAACAUUGGUCAUUGUUGGAAAAUUCAGAACCUCUUCUAAAUUUAUUUUUUAAGAAUAUGCCUUGCAAAAAGAUGUAUCAUUGGCUAGGCUGGAUAGUUUAAACCUCUCUUUUAAGGCUGAUCCAAGGCCUUCUAUAAAUGCACAUGCUUUAUACAUUAAAUGCACAUUAAAGCUUUAUACUGUA